GAUUUCGCUACCGAAACACCCAAGUAACGGUCACAUUUCCACUAUCCCAAUAACCCAACCAUCUUCAACGUAAUUAAAUCCCAAACCAACCCAUUUCCCUUUCAUCUUCUUCUUCAGUCCCAAAUCACGCUCCCAAAAUGCCCACAACACAAAGCUUCGGUUUUUGGGUCUUUCUUCUUCUGGGCCUCUCGCCAAUCUGCGGCGGUUCUAGCGGCGGCGUUCCGCAGCAAGAACUGUGGUGCGUGGCGAAGAACAACGCGGAGGACGCGUCACUGCAAGCUGCUCUGGAUUGGGUGUGUGGGGCUGGCGGCGCCGAUUGCGGCCCAAUCCAGCGUGGAGGACCCUGUUAUGACCCCAACAGUGUGCAGAAUACGGCGUCGUUUGCUUUCAAUGACUAUUUCCUUAAGCAUGGCAUGACCGAUGAUAGCUGCAACUUCGAUCAUAACGCUGCCGUCACUUCCUUGAACCCUAGUCAUGAUAAUUGCAAGUUCCCAUCCGGUUUGACAGUGAGCAAUGGAAGUUUUGCUGGAUCAACACCCCCAUCAUCUGUUGGAUUGGGACCCAGUGAAGAUUUCAGUGGGUGCAUGAAAGUUUCAUGGAGGUGGUGGUUUUGGCCAUUUGCUGUUUUCAGUCAUUUGAUGCUCACGGUUUAUGUUUUCUGAUGAUAGGAAGUGAA